AUGGCUGGUUACAAUAUCUCCAGGAAUUCCUCUUGUGAUCCUAUACUGACUCCUCAUUUAACCUGGCUCUACUUUGUAGUGCUCAUUGGCGGACUGACAGGUGUCAUCUCCAUUUUGUUCCUGCUGGUGAAAAUGAAUACCCGGUCCGUGACGACCACAGCAGUCGUGAACCUGGUGGUGGUCCACAGUGUUUUUCUGCUGACAGUACCUUUCCGCUUGUCCUACCUCAUCAAGGAGACUUGGACAUUUGGAUUGCCCUUCUGCAAAUUUGUGAGUGCCAUGCUGCACAUCCACAUGUACCUCACCUUCCUCUUCUACCUGGUGAUCCUGGUUAUCAGGUACCUCAUCUUCUUCAAGCGCCAGGACAAAGUGGAAUUCUACAGAAAACUACAUGCGGUUGCUGCCAGUUCAGGCAUGUGGCUUUUGGUGAUUGUCAUUGUGGUACCCCUGGUCAUUUCUCAGUAUGGAAAUAAUGAGGAGUACAAUGAAAACCACUGUUUUAAUUUCCAUAAGGAACUUGGUCGUGAGUAUGUGCAAGUCAUCAAUUACAUAAUAGUCAUUAUUGUCAUAACCACUGCAGUGAUUCUCUUGGUCUUCCAGAUCUUCAUCACUAUAUCCAUGGUGCGGAAGCUAAGCCACUCCUUACUGUCCCACCAGGAGUUCUGGGCUCAGCUGAAGAAUCUAUUCUUCAUAGGCAUCAUCCUUAUUUGUUUUCUUCCCUACCAGUUCUUCAGGAUCUAUUACUUGCAUGUUGUGGCACAAACCAAGGGCUGCAAUAACAAUGUUGCAUUUUACAACGAAAUCUUCCUGAGCGUCACAGCCAUUAGCUGCUGUGAUUUACUGCUCUUUGUUCUAGGGGGAAGCCAUUGGUUUAAGCAAAAGAUAAUUGACCUAUGGAAUUGCCUUUUGUGCCGUUAG